CAGGCAUCGCAUUCGCAUCAUAUUCAUACCCCAUAUUUUUCCUGACCACAGAAAUGAGAAAAUUAAAAUAAAUAAAAUUAAUAAGAUUCGUUCUCACGUCUCUCUCAUCUGUUGUCUGCAUUGGUAGUUCCCUCUUCCUUUGUUUCUUCUUCAAACAAAAGAAGAGAGGAAGAGAGGAACAAUCUCGCAAAUUCGUACAAAAGAAAAAUUGACAAUCGAACAUUUUUUUUUAAGUAUACUAUAUUUUAUUCGUACCGAAGUUGCUGCUGCUGUUGUUUUAUUUCUUUUUUGUUUUAUUGUUGAGAAGGAGGUAAAAAAGAGGGAAAAAGGAUGUUGGUUGCAAAUAGUUUUGAUUUAUGGCAGAAGGACACCUUCUUUUCUGCCGCCGAGGAGGUUCAGCUAUCCGCCGACAUUAUGGAAUCCGGUUACAGGACAUGGCUCAGAGCAAGGAGAGAGAGCUCCAUGUCUCAGCAGUUGGACGAACUUAGUCGAGAGCUUCAAAUGGCUUUAGGCACUACAAAAUGGCAGUUGGAAGAGUUUGAGAAGGCUGUUCGUCUAAGCUACAGAAAAAACAGUGACGAUAUCACAAUCACCCGACAUAAGCAAUUUGUUUCUGCUAUAGAAGGCCAAAUUUCACGUAUUGAAACAUCACUGAAAGAAUCGUUGGACGUGAAGGGAAAGAAACCAUUUCGGUGGGUAAAUUUGGACGAACAAGAAUGUGACGACUUGGCUCUUUUUCUUUCUGGGACUCCACGAAGAAUAAAAAAUGAAGGCAUAAAUAUGGGUCCCAUGGAAACUUGCUCAUUUAGUACAGAAGGAGAUUGCAGUUUUGGCUGUGAGGUUAAUCCCAAAAGUCAUAGCCUUGCAAGUAAUGUGGAUCUUAACUGUGAGCUGCAGGAGGUGCAAUCUCAUGUGACAGCAAAUGAGAUCGCCUAUGAAGUGGAUCAAGCUAUUAGGGUUUCGCCAGAUAGGACGGCUUUAGAGAUUGUCAUUGAUAGUGAUGAUAGAGACAAGCAGGCGCUUAUAGAAGUAACACCUAAGGAGAAGGGUUUCAAGCCUUUCUUUUGGAGACCAAGGGGUGAAAUUUAUUCUAUGAUGAAUUGGAUCGAGCAGCACGUGGGAGGAGGUCAUAGAAGUCAUAGACAACAAAUUUCACCAGUGUUGCCAGUGAAGUCUAUACGUUUCCUAUUAGCUUUGAUGCUAACCAUUUUUUUAGUCGGUAUGCUUUUCGUCUUUGCCCUUUUUAGUCUACUCAACUUAAGCAAUGAUGGAUGUUUUGAUAACUGGAUUGUGAAAUUAUUUGGGGGCCUUCUUCAGCUCAAGUGCGGAUAUUAUUUGUUCGUCUCAUUCUCUUCAUGUUUGAGGAUUGUUACUGGCUGAAUUUUAUGUCGUCCGAGUUUCAGUCCCAAAAAAAUAUAGAAUGUGAAACGUGUACCGGUUAACUGUAUCAUCCUUCAUAAUAAUAUUUCAUGGAGAGGGGAAAAAAGAGAAGGAAAAAACUAUAGAACAUCAAGGUUUGUGUUGUGUGCCUGUUAACAUUCUUCUUUAUGGGAUAUGUAUAUGAAGUGUGUUUUCCCAAUAUAUAUAUAUAUAGCCUAUAGGUAUGCCCUUUCAGUUAUCAUGUUGUGUUUUCAUUCCACAUGAGAGUAUUAAAAGACCAUCGAGGAAAAUCACUUUCUGGGUUCUAGCCAGGAGAAAUUGUUACUCCGUGAUUUGGUAGAGUAUGCUAGACCAAUUUUUUAUAUCAUCCCAUGUUCCUAUAAUAAUUUACUUCAUAUAUGAUCUCCUUAAAAUUAAUGUUUUGAUAUCUUUUAAUAUUAUUUUAUCUCCC